CCCAUGCCGGUCCACGACGACGCCGAGAACUGGACCGACGGCCACUUCUGCCGCCCUCUCCAAGAGCGCGCGGUCACCCCUUGUCCACCGCAGGGCGAAGCCGAAGCAUUCGUGGAAUUUGCUACGGAGGCGUCUGCGCUCGACGACCCCCCUGCGCGCCGGGUCGACUUCAUCGCCUCCCGCGCCGACGGAAUCCCCGGCGACCUGGAGACGCAGCAUCGGGGGGGGUUCAAGAACAACACCUGGCCCAACUUGCCCACCCCGUUCUGCUUUAUGGAGCCGGUGCCUGCGGAUUCCCAGCUGCAGAUGACCAUGGACCCAGGAAGCGGCGCCAAGACAAUCAUCAAGCGCGUCGCCCUCCCAGUUCAGACGAAAAUGCGCUUCCUGGUCUCCCCUGCGCUUGCUUUCGGCAGCGUGCGGAAGUCGGUGUUCCGGCGCCCCGAGGUGGGCCGGCGCGACUUGUUCCCCCGCGAGAAGCAUUUCGAACCCCGGCUCCUCAGCGCCCUCAAGGAGCGCAUCGACCAGCGCCGUCGCUCGCUCUCGUGGGCGAGCCCACCUUCGGGGAGUCACCCGCGGGGAAAGGCGCGCCUGUUCGCGGCACGCGGUCGCGGCACCAGGGCGCGCGGCCUCGACCGCGACGAG